AUGUCGUGGGCAGGAUUCAAGAAAAAUGUCAAUCGUGCAACGACCCAGGUGAUGAUGAAGACGGGCCAUGUCGAAAAGACAAACGAUCGCGACUACGAAGUUGAGGAGCGACGAUUUCGGACAAUGGAAGCUGCUUCGCUGCGUCUUCAGAAGGAAGCAAGAGGAUAUUUGGAUUCGAUACGAGCGAUGACUGCCUCUCAAAUGCGCAUAGCCGAGACGAUAGAUGCCUUCUAUGGUGAUGCCGGAGCUAAGGACGGUGUUAGCAGAAGCUACAAACAAGCCGUGGAAGAUUUAGAUACAGAAACCAUAAAAGCGCUGGACGGUCCGUAUAGAACAACAGUACUAGAGCCUAUCACUAGGUUCUGUGCAUACUUCCCUGACGUUAAUGAAUGCAUCAAGAAGCGUGGCCACAAGCUGCUCGAUUACGAUGCGCUACGAGCAAAAGUCAAGAAAUUAGCCGAGAAGCCCGAUAAGGAUGUAACAAAACUUCCACGCACAGAGAAGGAGAUGGAAAUCGCCAAGGCUGCUUACGAACAACUCAACGAGCAGCUAUCCACCGAGCUACCUCAGCUUAUCGACCUUCGAGUACCCUACCUCGACCCUAGCUUCGAAGCCCUCGUCAAGAUCCAACUCCGAUUCUGUGCUGAGGCUUAUAGUAGAAUGGCUCAAGUUCAACAGUACUUGGAUGCGGACACUAGGGAGCAGUACGCCCAAGGUCAACUGGACUCGAGAGUGGAGCAAGUAUUGCAAGAGAUUCGGGAACUCAGCAUCAGCGGCACAGUAUAAGAGCAUCACUGCUAGGUACAAAUACGCGGAGUUGGACGAAAAAAGGCUUUCAUUAGGCGUGGUGGUUCUGGUUUGGGCUGGCAUUUUCAUAGGUAGGGCACUCUUAGGACAAGCCACGGCACGAUUCACGGGUUCAUGUUAGAUACCGAGCAGGACGACGGGCUUGCGAAUAGCAGCCGAGUAUUUUCUCAAAGUAGAUUUGGUUUCUGCGUCUUCGAGGAGAUAAUACACUUUGUGCUCCUUACUCAAUAUUACAUUAGGAUACCACAUAUCAACCUUGUAUUUAUAUGGUUCCCUUCAAUCGCAAUUUUUUUUUUUUUUUUAGUUGGCACGGGAAAUACACGUCGGUGUAAAUGUUUAAUCCGAGCGUGUCCAUCAUCUUUGGAUUAUUAUUACCCUAGAGGUGGUGUUAUUGUUUGUAUUUUUAUGUGGAAAUGAUUAUUCGGUUGAGGAUUAAGCCCUGUAUGUCUUUAUGCAUUUCGCUGAGGCUCAUAUGAGAGGACAGGUUCAGUGUAAUGAAAUGC